AUGGAACGUGGAGGUAACAUUUCAGCUAGUCAAAAAACUGAAUUAAUAGAAUUUAUGGGAAAACACCCGGAAUUACAAAAUGGAAAAUUCACACAAACAUUUACUUUUAAACAUGCAAGGAAAAUGUGGGAAGAAUUGACAAAUAAUUUAAAUGCAGUGCCAGGAGCUACUAAGGAUUGGAAAAAAUGGCGUAAAACUUGGCACGACAUGAAGGCUGCAACAAAAUCAAAAAAAAGUUCUAUAAAACGCUAUACACAGUGUACUGGUGGUGGCCCCUCCAUCAAUACACAAUUAAAUACAGAUGAUGAAAAAAUUUUGGAUAUAAUUGGACCAGUCGCUGUUGAAGGACAGAAUGUAGAGGAAUCUUUGGUAGAGUUUGACGACAGUGAUAUAAUUGUAGAAUAUUCUGAAGCUCCUGAAACUGUAAAUAUCAGUGAAACAAAAAAUAAUUCAAAUAACGAAAAUCCUCAGCAGAAGCCUAUCGUUCCUUCUGUUAUUUUAAACAAUAAUAAAGAAAACAGUAAACCAACAGAGCAACCAAAAUUAAAUGGUAGCAAAAUACCAUCUCGAAAAAGGCGUAUCCAAAGGCUGGAACACACCAUUACGGCAACCGAGAAACUAUCCCAGCAAACAGAACGAAAAAUUUUGUUAAAGGAAGAAUAUUAUAUCAACAAACUUCAGCUUUACCAAGAAGAGGUAGAUGCCAAGAAAAGAAUCGCAGACGCCCUAGAAUCCAUUGCAGCACAUUUUAAAACCAAAGAAAUGGACAAGCACCAUCUACAAGAUGUAUGUGAUAUUUAG